AUACUAUGAAAGAAAUCGAGAGCGAAUUCUCCAACUUCGUCGAGCUUCUCGCAUUGAAACUCGCGCUCGACUAGAAUACCUUGAAAGUAUUAGGGUUUCUUGUUUUCAAACUCACAGUAAUCCGCAACUUCCUUCGAUUUAUAGUCUUUUGAACUUUGAAUCUCCUCAACACGAAAUGAUGCUGGCAUCAAAACCCGAAGAAAAUAAAUCG